AUGAAGCCAAAUUCUCCUAUCUUAACAAUAAUCACAUCAAGACAUCGUGCCCUUGUUGAUGAAGCAGUCAACCACAUCGAAAGCCUGCGCUACCUCCAGCAGGAGAUCAAUGGAACGGCAGAGCAUUUCUUCGUUUUCCUGAUCGUGUCAGCUCUCGACAAGAGUGCACGCCAGGCUUGGGAAGCAAGGCAGAAGAAGGGUGAGUUACCGAAUUACCAGCAGACCAUCGACUUCCUGAAAGCCAGAUGCCAGGUUCUGGAGAACUGUGAAGCAGUAGUCCAGCCAGCCCCAUCGAAUCCAAAGCCCCAUCCACCACAAAGAAGUGUACCACAAAGAAGCCAUGCUGCAUCGACCGGCCCAUCCCAACCACCAGUCUCCUGUGAAAUUUGCGGCGGUCCCCAUCGAAACGUCCAGUGUUCGGCCCUAUCCAGCCUAGCCCCAGCCCAGAAGAACGAGAAGAUUCGAGCAGCUGGAGUCUGUUUCAACUGCCUGCGCAAAGGCCAUCGCUCCAAAGAUUGCCCUUCCGAUAAGACAUGCCACAAGUAUCAACGCCGACAUCACACGUUGCUCCAUGAGAAUGAAGAACACAGCCGAGGUACGAAGACCAACAUAUCACUUCCCACCGAGACGAUGGCGACCCCGCCACCGAUACCAGCUGCCACAUCAUCGCAGAUGCUAGCACCAGUGAACCAACCGGUUUCAACAACGUGUUCCGCAAACUUCGCCCAAUCCACCAAGACUGUACUGCUGUUGACUUCGGUGGUUCAGGUCUACGACAGUAGAAAUCAAGCACGUCCAUGCCGUGUGCUGUUGGAUAGCGGUUCCCAGGUCAACUUAAUCACGGAAGAUAUGGCCAACCGUCUUGGCAUCCCAAAGAAGCCAGCCAACAUCCCGAUUGUUGGCAUUAACGCCCUACGCCCACGCUCUCUGGAGUGUCUGGUAACUCCAAGAGUGACUGGGACAAUUCCAACUUCCAAGAUCGACAUCGCCCAUUGGAUGAUCCCAGAAGGACUGGUCCUUGCCGAUCCCAAGUUCCACAUUCCCGACAAAGUGGACUUGCUGAUUGGUGGGGAAUUAUUCUUCGACUUGCUGAAGCCAGGUCACCUCAGCCUAGCAGAUGGAUUACCACAGCUACGUGAUACACAGCUUGGGUGGAUAAUAGCUGGCGUCAUAAUCGAACCACCACAUGCAUCCAACGUUUCUCCCAUGUACGUCCACGCAUCGGCUGCAGACAUCGAGCGGAACAUGCAACAGUUUUGGCAAAUCGAGGAAGUACCAGACGUCCCCAACCUGUCGACCGAAGAGAUAGCAUGCGAAGCCCACUUCCUGUCUACCUACCAGCGUGAUGAAUCUGGAAGAUUCAUGGUCCAGCUCCCGUUCAAUAGUGAUCUUCCCCUCCUGGACGACUGUCGUGCUCUGGCCCUAAAGCGUUUUCUGAUGUUGGAGAAACGACUCGUCCGCAAUCCAGAACUUCGAAUUCAGUAUGUGGAUUUCAUCUGGGAGUACGAGGCUCUCGGUCACUGCCGGGAAAUCAUGGAAUCUGAAGACCCGCCCAACCAGCAGAGCUACAACCUUCCUCACCAUGCUGUACUUCGACCUUCCAGCUCGAGCACGAAAUGCCGUGUCGUGUUCGACGCAAGUGCCAAAUCUUCGCCGUCGCAUCUUUCGCUGAACGAGGUACUCCACGUCGGUCCAGCAGUGCAAAACGAUCUACAUCACAUCAUGCUACGAUUCCGUAAAUUCAAGGUAGCAUUUACCGGAGACAUCUGUAAAAUGUACCGUCAAGUAGUCGAAGCCCCAUCGGAUCGUCGAUUCUUGCGCAUUUUCUGGCGAGAGCAGCCAUCGUUGCCUUUGCGUGUCUUGGAGUUGUGCACUAUUACCUACGGUACCGCAUCGGCCCCUUAUCAAGCAACCAGGUGCUUGGUACAGCUCGUCAAGGAAGAUGGCGAGAACUUUCCCAUCGCCGCUCGUAUAGUGAAGGAGGAGACCUACAUGGACGACGUACUGUCAGGAGCUGACUCGGUGGAAGAUGCUAUCGUGGCUAAACAGCAGUUAAAGGAACUCCUAAGUCGAGGAGGUUUUCCUAUUCGAAAAUGGUGCUCUAACUCCCAGCAGCUGAUGGAGAACAUUCCUAUCGAUGAACGUGAGACGAUGAUUCCGGGGGAGCAAGGAGUGAACGAAACCAUAAAAGUGUUAGGCUUGCGUUGGGACCCAACCGCCGAUACGCUGAAGAUCGCCUAUCAUCCGAAUCCACCUGUGAAACAACCACCAACGAAACGUACGGUGUACUCCGAGAUUGCUAAAUUCUUCGACCCCCUUGGACUGGUUUCGCCGGUGAUCGUCUUGGCGAAGCUCCUCGCGCAGAAGCUGUGGCAGCUUAAAAUCAACUGGGACAAUCCGGUGGAUGAAAAUAUUACCAAGCAGUGGCAAAAUCUUCAACUUUCCCUAAUGCAUCUCCACGACAUCGAGAUCCCUCGGUGUGUUAUUUUGGACAAUGCAGUCGCCUACGAGUUACAUGGUUUUUCGGAUGCCUCCACAACGGCAUACGGAGCAUGCAUCUACCUACGAUCCCUUUUUGCUGAUGGUUCGGCAAAGCUUCGUCUUCUCACCAGUAAAUCCAAAGUGGCGCCUUUGAGUGAGCUCACCAUUCCACGGAAAGAAUUGUGUGCCGCCCUCCUGUUGACCCGUUUACUGGCGAAGGUACUGCCAGCCCUGGAUAUGCCGGUUCAGGAAGUUGUGCUGUGA